AUGGGAAAAGAAUCUGGUGAAGUAAGUUGCGACACAUAAUUUAAACCUCAAUUUUUAGCUACAGUUUCUGAAAAUCUACGAGGAACGAAGCGAAGAUGUACAAUGUACUGAGUCUUUCGACAAUUUGUUGAUUGAUCCGCAGAUUCAGGAGAUUUUGAAGCGAAGACAGUAUUUUAAACCUACUCCGGUUCAAGCCAAGUCUUUGCCCUUGUUGUUGAUGGGAUCUGAUAUGAUAGUUCAGGCUAAGGCAGGAACUGGCAAGACUUUGAUCUUCUCUGUCUUGGCUUCUCAAUUGUUGUUCAGCUCUCAUCAUCAGGAUUCUCCACAAGUCAUUAUUGUGGCACCAACUCGAGAAAUUGCUAAACAAAUCUAUGACACGGUUUAUCACUUUACUCCAAAGGGAUUUUAUUGCCAGUAUGUUGAGUUUUGAUCGUUUGUUAUGCUUUUAGUUUAAGUUAAUUAUGAAACAUACUGGCUUUUAUUGAAUGAUGCUUGUUGUUUUUAGCAAUGAUAAAAUAUACUUAGUUUGGUUAAAAAUUUUUUAAAAUUAUAUUAUUUUAGUUUGUUUGUUGGUGGAACUGAUGCUGGGGAUGAUAUCAGAGCAUUGAGGAAAGGUGUUCAAGUGGCUGUGGGUACUUGUGGACGGUUGGCUGAUUUGAUAAAGAAGAAUGUGCUCAAGACAGACCAUGUUGAGUUAAUGGUACUUGACGAAGCAGACAAACUAAUGGAAGCGGAUUUCAUCAAAGAAAUCAAGUAAGGCUUUAUUUUUAAUGAUAUAACUAGGUUUUAUUGUUGCAUAUUGUUAAGUUUGUUCAUAAAACAUAUGCUAACUUAAGCUUUCUAAUUUCAGUUUCAUCUUUUCUGGUCUGUCAGUGAAAAGCAAGCAGUUUUGUGUCUUUUCUGCUACGUACCCAAAAGGAUUGGAAGGAGUUUUGAAGAACUACAUGAACAACCCAUCGCUGCUCAAAUUGAAAGCAGAUGAAGAAGCUUUAGUGGCUAUUAAAGAGUAUGUUGUGGUAUGCAACGGAUUCAGAAAAGGAGAUGCUUUGGAACUUCUUUUGAGCAAGCUGGUGUUCGAACAAUGUAUUGUGUUUUGUAACACUCAGGUUUUGUAAGUUUUAAGGUUAGAGAUCUUAGGUUUUUUGUUAAAGCUUUCUAUGGCAAAUUAUAGGGCUAUAUAAAGGGAAAUUAUACCUAAUUUUUUGACUUGUAUAUUUUUAAAACUUUUUUUUAAAGUUUAAUUUAAUAAUUGAUAUUGGUAUGAACUUAUUUUCAGAUGCGAUCGUGUUCAUGCAUUUUUGGCAAAAAAGGGAGUUGAAACGACAGUUAUUAACGGAAACCUUCCUCAGGACGCAAGAUUUGAAAUUUUGAGUAAACUGAAGAAAGGUCAAAUUAAAGUUUUGAUCUCAACCGAUUUGGUACGUUUUCUCAACAUUUUUUUAAAAAUUUGAAUUUUUAUGGUUUAUCUUAUGUUUAUUUAUAAACUAAUCUAAAAAUUGUAUUUACCCUGUCAAAUUAAUAUUAACCUUACUGUACUUUUCAGACUGCUCGAGGAAUAGAUGCUCCGAAAGUAGAUUUGGUAAUCAAUGCUUCCGUUUCUUCAGAUCCAGAUACUCACAUGCACAGAAUAGGACGAGCUGGCCGUUUUGGAGGUAAAGGUGUAGCUGUACACUUUGUUCAUUCUCAAGAAGAACUUCAGUCUUUGGCUGCCCAUGCUAUGAAGAAGAGUUUGGACAUGAGGACAUUGGAUUUGAAGGACUUCAUACCUUUUGAUCUGACUGAAAAUGUUCUUUUUCACGAAAAAUGCCAAGUUUUUGUGGUAAGUGGUAUCUAUGUUCUUAAGUUUUAAUUUUUUUUAAAUUUAAAUUUUAAAAUAUUAAAAUUCAAUUUUUUUUGUUUUACAAGGCUAUGUAAACUAAUUUUUGAGCUCAAAUAUAAAUAAUUUAUUUAAUUUUAGCCAAAAGCUAUAGAACCAUUUUUCAAAGUAAGCGAGAACCAGUCUUAUCACGCUGAUCCGAAACCAACACUUCACGAGAAAUUGCCGCCAGUACCAGAAGAGGAAGAGCAGUUAAACGAAAGCGUCCCAGAAAGAAGUCGUUCAAGGAGGAUCUUCUAUUUGAAGCGUGAUCUGAUCAACAUCAGAGGCGAGCUGAGUAAGCCAGAAUGGUACAAUUAUGCUUUGAAGAGGUUCAAUAAUAUUCCCGGAGAAAUCGCUUCAAAGAAAAGAUGGGCCAUCGAUAAAGUUGAUGACUUGGCCAUAACUUUUGCAGAAGAUCUAAAAAUUACUGGCAAUGUAGGUUUUAGAGAAUUUUUGAAAUUUUUUAAAGGUUUAAAAAUUUUAAUGGUUAAUAAAUGUAUUUACAGAAAAAUCAGAGUCAACCGGUAGAAGAAGGUCAAAAAGACGUUGAAGAAAAGAAAGGAGCAAAGGCUGUUAAUGGAAGAACAAACGAAGUCAAACAACCUAUUGUUGGAAGCGAUCAAGUCAAAUCACAACCGUCAAAGAAAUCAGAGAUCUCAAAGGUGGAAGCCAUGCCAAAGAUUGAAGAAGCAACCGAAGAGUUGUCUGAGAAGUCAGACGACAACAAAGUUCUACUAAACUCAGACAACACUGGUUCUGUUAGUAUUUCACAUAACAGUUUAAAUGACAUUACUGAUGAUACAACGAUGGGAACCAUGGUAGACAUUCGCGAGUUUGAUCUGAGUGCCGCUAAAGCUAAGUCGACAGAAGAUGAAAAGAAGGCAGAAAUGAAGAAGAAACGAGAGGAACAGAGAAGAAAGGAGAAGGAGGAACGGAAGAAUGUGCUGGAUGAGAGGAACAAACACAAAAAGGUACUGUUUAUAUUAACUAAGGCAAAAUGUAGACAAUAUUAAUCACAAAUAAUGAUUUUUACGGCAUUGAAACUAUUUUAAUACUCUUAUGCGCAUUUAUGGCGGCAUAUUUAUAGUUUUACUGUCACUAUAUUUUACACAAAACUAAUAUAAAACUGUUUGCAGGUGACAGAAGUCUACAUAAACGGAGGAAAAGUGAAAGUGGUCGAAAAACGGGUAGCUUCAGUGAAUGCCAGUGGCAUCAUUGAUGAGAGCAACCAAAUAUCAGAAUCUCAACUUAAGUGGAUCUUGUACGAUGACUUCAGCGCCAAGUGUAAGAAGUUGACAGAAAGAAUCAGCACAUUUUACAAGGAACACCCAACCGCACCUCAGCCGGCUGGCAGAUUGUUGAGAAGAAAGGGGGAAGACUUCGUAGCCACAGCAGAAGCACUGAAGGAUCUUAAUGAUAGUGUUGUUACUGGCGAUUUCUCCCAGAGAAUGAAAAUUAAGGUUUCUGAUGAAGUUAAGGUAGGAAUUUGGCUUAUUUAUAUAAGGUUUGGUGAAAAACAGCUUUUAAAGUGAUUAAACCAGCUAAUUUUAAUUGGAAGGUGAUUUUAAGCUUUUUUUCUAUGAUAAUAAUACUAAUAUUUUUGCAUUUUGGCUUGAAACUUAAGUGAACUUAUCUUUGUAGAAGCUCAAUCUGUUCGGUGACCUAAGAAAAGCUCAGAAGAAAGAAGAACCCAUUCCAAAACCUUCUGGAGAUUUUGUUGAAGAAGAGGUAUCAGAAUCUGACGAAGAGAGUAAGAAGACAAAUGAAGUCUGGAAGCCUGAGAAAGAAAAGACAGAAGAAGAGGUUGAGUUUGAGGAAGAUCUUCACGACUUUCUGGAAUGUCAAGUUUAUGACAUUUUCAUGAAAACUGUCAAUGAGAAUUUGUUCUAA